AUUGAAAAAACUCGCAAGAAUCCUUUGUUUUCUUGUAAUCAUUCGUAUUUUUACACUAAAUGAUACAAGACCCGCGUUCUUGUAAAUUUCUUCGUUACCUUUACGGAUUUCAUUCUAUUCUCCCUGCAACCACAUUGUAAUAUUCAUAUUACAGAAUGAUUCACCUCAGCAUUUCAGCCCUUGUGAGGAGCCUCUUUCAUUUUUUUAAAUUGUUAAUGUAGCUCUGUAUUGAUUAUAAUCUUGAGCCCGUUUUUUGUUGUGAAUGCUCGAUCACAACGCGAUUUGAGACUUGUUGAACGUAUUCUUCGUGUUCUUGUUGUCUAGUCCUUCGAACAUGUCAACCGUGAAGGGCAUAUUGAAAGGUCUUAGAUAUAUUUCACAAAUAUUUGAAAAAGAAGAAGAGGAGGAAGAGGAGGAAAUACAAAUAGGAGCUCCCACGGAUGUAAAGCAUGUUGCGCACAUCGGAAAUGAUGGUCCAUCUACGAAUAAACCAAGCUGGAUGAAGGAAGCAUCAAGUGAAGCUAAAAGUAAUGGCAACAAAACCAACAAAUCGUCCAAUAAAGAUGGCCAAAACUCAUCGGAUGCUUCAUCGGAUAAAAAGAAGCAAUCAAAACGCAAUGCUGCAAAAUCUUACAUCAAGGAUAUUGGGUCAUCGGCCCGAGAUGCAACCAGCAAUGUAAAGCCCAAGCGUGGCAAGAAUCCAACUGGUGAAUCACAGCAAAGUUCUAUUGCGAUGGAAUCACCAUCUCGAGAGCCCGGCUCGGCUAGAGCAUCCCGUGCAAGGAAAAAUAAAACAGGGGCCGGUAAAUCUAAAGGCCCAAACGCUUCCAGCGACAACUUUGCUUCCUCCCCUGGGCCUAGCUACGAAAGGGACAAUGGUAAGAUAUCCCAAAGACAGGCAUCAUGAAAUUAUUGAGUGUGAAAUAUUUGAAAUGGAAAAUACGAUUAAUUAAAUUAACGAACCAAAUAUACUCGGUAUAUCAGCUCUCAUCUGGUGCGUAUCUUGGCUCGGAAAAAGUUCGAAAAAUAAAAUGUACGGAAGUCUUCUGUGCACUCCAAUUAUUUUGUAAUUUUUUAUAAUUACUAUGUUUUGUUGUAUGUAGAACUAUUGUUGUAGUUGUGUAUAACAACAUGAUUGAAAUGUUUAUUUUUCA